GGCAGCCAGUGUUUCCUUCUUGCCUGCAUCAUGUGGUGCGACAUCCAAUGGUGGGGGUGGCGCCAAGCCGUGGGGGAAGCAAUAGACCCAGCAGAGAGGCGCGAACCUUGGCGACACAGCAGAUGUGGCCAUCACCGUCGUUGGGAAAAAGUGUUCGUCGAUGUGUUUGGACGGCACCGGAAAUCCAUUGCUGCAACGAGUGGGUGGCUGGGGUCAGCAGAAAGGAAGUUUUAGGCAGAAGGUCGGUUCGCAGCUCUUGAAGACAACCCCACCCAGAGGCGCGGCCGCAGGAAAGCCGCCCCUGCGGGGGGCGGACAGGCUCAGCUACUUCCACAGAAGCGCCCUCGCAUCGUCGUCCGGGAGCCCGUGCACUGGGAGGCAGUCGGCGGCGCGAGCGUGAGGAUCCAAAUGUUGAGGGACAGCGCUCUGAUCAUUCAUUGGGCCACUUUUUUAAGGAAGUGUCAGUACGCGGUCUACGACUCCCGACUCAGCGUUGCACACCACACAAUCGCGAUGCUUGUGGAGGCCCACGACGCCCUCCCGAGGCAUUGCAGCGCAGAGUGGGCACGGCACGUGUACCGCGAACUCAACGCAGGGGCCAACGAACUGGCGAACCGACAUUGUUUCAAGUACCAGCAGUACUGCUCUGUGGAUGGCUUUCGUUAUUUCCGUAUCUAUUUCGAUGGCAGCGUUUCUGACGGCGGCGUUGGCGGAGGUUGGGUGCUGUACGGUUCUCGGCACCUCACCACGGACGCCCCGGAGGACUGGAGCAAGAUUGCCGAUUUGAGUUUCGGGCUACGUGGUGGUGCUGCAGUUGCAGCGACUGAACUGGAGCCCUGUGUGUGGGUCAUCGUUUAUCUAGGUGAUGCGUUGCAGGGCCCUGCCACGGCGAAUUUCAAUCCUGAGCUCUGGCAGCCUAUCGAUACCAGUCCUCCCCCCAUCCUCUCCCUUGCCGGUAUGCUAGACGUGUAGUACCAUUUCGGACGACUGUUGUUGUUUUGUCCGAUAACUCGUGGUAGGCAUAAACGGAGCACGAAUGAUGUGGCAAUCGAGCUGUAGCCAACGUUUGCCCAGAUUGUGCCGUCCCUGUGCUUCUGCCCUGCGCGUGCUCAGACAUGGGCUGCACCGCGC